GUGUUGAAGACUUCAGAAUGUCUCGCGUGUCACACGAGUGCCCGGACGAAUGUGGUGGCCGGUUUCGGUGUCAUCUCUGCUUCAUUCGUAAUGGGGACGAAGGUAUACCAGACGAAUAUCCUUACAGCUCAGACGAGGAGCGCUGCCCUCUAGCAUCUCCGCCGAGGCACUGGGUGGCCAGGAGACUAAUCGCAAAAGUUACGGAUGGCGCAACUCUGGCACCUACUUGGCUGCUCUCAGGCUGUCCCUUAUUUCUUCAAAAUACAUAGAGACAGCUGGGCCCAGCGCGUUGGUGAGAGAACAGAGCAAGCGCCCACCGUGGCAAAGUCUAAGACAGCGAAACGCAACACCUUCACCAUCAAGCACCUGGACCAGGGAGCGAAUGGGGGUUUGCCUAUUGCGUGGAAGCCUUGGAAUGGUGAGAGAGGG